GCGCGUCAGAUCGCGAAUCCGCGUGCCGUCGUCUCGAAUUACCUUCGGUUCUCGUAAGGGUGACUUCGUGCCGGGUUACACUCUACACGUGCAAGUUCGAGAAGCGAGUACCGUCGAUAUUUUCUCCCUCUACGAGAGGUUCGGGAAUUUUUUUUAGUCAGCAUCGUUAUUGCAAGACACGAAAUUUCGGGGUUCGGAUGAGUAAAAAGUUUUAUGGAAUUCGAGUAUAAAGUUGGCAUUUCCUGAAUAUCCAAUGCGUGGAAUGUCGUUCGCCGAAGUUAGUGAGUUGACGAAAACAAACCGGUAAACAAUCGCCAAUUACUCUGUGGAUGUGGCUGCCGGUGAAUCAGACCCAUUUACACGCGAUUACGAGUUGGAAUUAAAACGAAACGACUGUCGGCGCAUAUUUCGGUGAUUCGGUUGAAAUAACAUGUUCGAAGGUCGCGCGACACAAGUUGACCGUUCAAGUUACGACGCGUAAUUAAGCGGCAUUGCUGAAGGGGGUGUUUAAACCGAACAGUCUGCAGUGAUCAGCGUGGUUUCAAAUAGUGAUACAGUGCGCGAAUCGGUGCUGCUUGUGUAGGUCGUGAAUCGUUUACGCGAAAGGGUGGGAACGGAAUGUCAGUGUGGUCGUGGGAAAAUAGGGACUCGAAUCUAUGAACACCGUUAAUUGAAUCCAACGGUAAAUCAGUUCGGUAUUAAUUGGAACACCGUAACUGAAUCUGUUGCUCGAGGCUCGGCGCUAUGACUCUUUGGAAGAGAAAUUCGUGAAUUAUCGGUGCGCGGUACACGAUUUCGAUUGAAAUUGAUAUUCCCGACAGAAUGAUGCUCCGUUGUUGUUCAUUGCCGGCGUGUUGAUACGCCAAGGGUAAAAGUUGGCACCGAGGACGAGGAAUAGAAUCGAUUCCAGCAUAAGGAUAUACGGAUUCGUGAUAAACAUCAGUCAAGUGGGUCUGGUGUAAAUACCUGAAGCCAUCGCGUCAGGUGAAGGAAGGACACUGUGUGAUGUAUUUUCAAGUGCGAAACUCAUGUGUAAAUUAGUGAUUGGAGAGUUCGGAGAUUUCCAUACGAUUCUGUAACGCGCUAAUGAUUUUCAAUCUCCGGGCCGUGAACGAGAAACGUGAGAUACGGCUCUUCGCUUGUCAGAUGGUUCGACGAACGAUCCGACGCAACCACGGCCCAUGCAGACCGCAAACAGACGAGUAAUUCAAAGGCACUCACUGGUUCGCCGGCAGGCCACACAUGAAACUAAUUGUAGCGUCGCGAAAGAAGUUUAGCGAAAAAAGAAAUACUGUGACUGAGGAGCCUGCGCCACCUAUCAUUUUGACUGGAACACCACCGAGCGCCGGAAGCAGGAAGACGCUGAGUGCCGACCGCCUUUCUUAGAUACUCUUGAAGAGGGCCGGAAAGUGGGUAAAAAAAAAGAACCACUGGCCCAAGGCGGGAACCAAUUUUAGGGUUUAGGAAGAUAUAAGCAAAUUACUGGCUCGCCUCAGCCCAUACUAAUCACCCCUGUAUUCCACCCUGUAUUCGGGGCGAUGUGAAAUUGGCCGUAAAGGAAAAUUGGGCUCUCGACACCCUCGGCGGAUGGAGAUAAACGGGUACCAGGCAUAAAAUAUCUCGAGUGCAUCCGAGGAGGUAUCGACAACGUAUACUUGCUUGGCGCGAUUGGAGAACAGCGAGGAAUGAUCGCGGUUACGAAAUUUGGUGGGAAGGUAAACAUGCCGUGGUCUGCGAUCUCGCCGGAGGAGAGAGCGGCUUUCCGCGAACAAUUUUACGUGGAAAAUGGCGGAAUUUAUUGCAACGGUGUCGCGGAGUCAGAGAAAAGCGGCUAGAGAUUAGAGUUACUCCGCGAUAAAUGCUACACGUUAAAGGGAGGCGGAAUAUCUGCGUCAGUCGGCUGGCGGCGGAGCAUUUGGGACAAAUGUGAGAGCGGAGGUUGAUAAAAAUGGAAAAAGAUACAAGCCGACAUUACCGGGCGUACGAGGGGUUCAAGGCUGCCAAUAACGGAAACACUUCGUCGUUAAAAAGGGAAGCCGAACUUCCGCAAUCUCAACAGAGGCCGAUAAAGUGUCUAUGCUUUGGCGGUGUGCCGGACAAGGCUAGUCAUCAUUCAUUUCUCAAGGGAUUUGUCAUUAAUCUUGGAAUAUGCGCACUUCUCGUCGCCUACACGCUUCUCGGUAGCUUCAUUUUCCUCGCCAUUGAGGGCGGCAGCGAAAGUCUGCACCAACGAACAUUGGCCACGACUAUCGCCAACAACAACCAACCCAUGAGACGAAACACCACUGUGUGGUUCAAGCAGGUCAGUCACGAGGCGCGUUCGAGAACGGUGGAAAACAUGUGGGACAUUACGGAGAACCUGAACAUCCUGUACCGUGAAAACUGGACACGACUAGCAGCACAAGAGAUCGCAAGGUUCCAGGAUCAGCUUGUGAAAAGGAUAAUGGAAGACAUGAUGGCCUCCCAAAGCGCCGGUUCUUCAGCUCCGGCGCACAAACAUGACGGCGUCACAGAGCGAAGGGUGCCUGACUACGAAUGGAAUUUCGCAAAAGCAUUCCUGUAUUCUCUUACGGUGCUGACUACGAUCGGAUACGGAAGCAUCGCGCCUCGGUCGACUUGGGGCAAGGCGGCAACGAUGGGUUACGCCACUCUGGGAAUCCCCUUGACCCUCGUCUAUCUAUCAAGCGCCGGGGGACUCUUGUCCAGGUGUGCCCGUGGCGUGUUCACCAGGGCACUUUGCUGCUGCCUAUGCUCCAACUGCGGCUACUGCUGCUACGACGAAAGGAGAAUGCAGGAGAAAGAGAGACGCAUGAGAAAGAAGCGCCAACAAGAGGAGCUCGCCCAGCAGCAGCAACAACUCCAACUUCAGGAACCGUUUUACGUGAGGGCGAAUGCGUCUGCCUUUUCCAGUGCCGUCGAGGUCAAGACCAGCCCGAAGGACGAAAUUUCCAGCCUGGGCUCGGGAGACAGGCCGAAUGUCACCAUCCUGGCCCCUAUCAGUAUCUGCCUGGGAGCAAUGCUGUGUUACAUCAUUGCUGGAGGCUUAGCUCUGCAUAAACUGGAAGGAUGGACUUUCAUAGACGCUUGUUACUUCUGCUUCAUGACCCUGAGCACAAUCGGCUUCGGUGACAUGGUACCAGGUUCCUACCCACGCUACAACCCAGCCGAUUCCCGAAACGUGACAGUUUGGUUUUGCUCGUGUUACAUAAUGUCGGGAAUGGCGCUGACGGCGAUGUGCUUCAACAUCCUCCACGACGAGAUCGUGCAUCGGCUGAAUCAUCACAUCGAGAAACAGGAACCUGUCAAAGCGUCUCAGAGCGUGGACGAACUGGCAACCGACCCGUUUUCCCUCACCUCGUGACAAUUUCCGGCCAGUACAAUCUGUCACAGAAACGUCACCGAGGAGACUCUCUGCGGCGACACACCGACGAGCAUAUUCGCCCACGAGAACGAGAUGAACAUUUUGAAGGACUCUUACAACCAGGUCGACGUCACAAGGGACUGUCAGCCGGGGCUGAAGAAGGAGGAACAAUUAAUUCCUAUUUCAGCUGUUUACACCCUUCCGGAAGUCGACGAAGAGGCCGAAGAAAACACGGAAAUGUAAAGGGUGACGCAGGGCGGAUAUUUUAACCCCCCAGCAAGGUUACGGGGCUUGGAUUUCGACUGUCUAUACUAUUUCAAACUCAUACCUAUGACAUACAUAACAAUUGUAAUACCUACAUCUGUACAAUCCGUCAGAUUUAAAAAUCACUCCAACGUUUCUCACAGUUAUUUAUUACUGUCGUCAUUAUUAUUACUAUACUAUUGUUAUGAAAUCUCUUCGCAUCGAUAUGCUGCGUUUGCUUCAGUGCGUUUCAUUUUACCGGAUCGUUGUUGGAGCUGAUCAUACGGAACGAAAGCUAAUUAAGCACUUGGCAUUUCGUGACGACGUGAUUUUUCAUUUGCAAAGUAAUCUUACAUAUAAACUGCAAUCGCUGUAAUUUGUGCCAGCAGUUGUGUCAUAUGAAACAAGUUAAUCCUCGUCUGAUAAUAAUUUAUCUGAAUAAAGCCCAUCACUAAUCAAUUAUACAGCGAAACUGUUUAGUUUCUAAUUAUAAAAAGCUGUGAUACAAGCAAUUAACAGUUAAAUCUUUUCGUUGUUCGUUUCGUUAAGCAAAUAAGGAAACAUUGGACGAAAUGCUACGUCUGAUAACGGUUUCGAACCCUUGAUGCAGAUUGUGAAAAAUAAAAACCGUCCAGUUAUCUUCAAUAUGUAAAGUGAUGUAAAGUGAAAAUCUGCUGGCACGCGAUUGAUAACUCACUCGUAAUUUUCUAUCGGCUUUUAAUAUAUUUUUUCUUACUCCUUCAAAUAAUUGUCUGUUUUUCAGUGAAACCAAAUAACGUGCAGACAUUCUUGCCUGUAAAAUAGUACUCAAACGAUAGAAGUUAAUGUAAAUCUUGUGCUCAAGAACAGUAUGAAUAAUGAGGUUAUAGGAAUAAGAUAUGAUUAUAUGGAUAAGAAGAAGAAUGUUGCGUUUAGAAGGACUAUCCACAUUGUCUAAUAUUCGUAUUUUAAAUGACGGAAUAUACACAUAAUACAUUAAUAAACUGUAGGAUAGGCAAAUUUAUAUAAUGAAUUAUACCAUAAAUAUAGGAACAGCGAAUAAAUUUUGUUUCUUAACAUAUCAUGUAAGGUAUAAGACGCAGAGGAAGAAGUGAAAGUAUUUUACACUCUCUUUUAUUUUAUCUUCACUUCGACUGCGAUGAGUAAAUGUGUGUGUAUAAAAACUGCGGGAGAAUAAUGAGAAAAAAAAAAAUUCUCUCUUUCCCUGCGAUUGGGAAAAAAUUUACCCGCAUAGAUGGACAAUUGAUAAUAUGAUAAUUAAUUGUCUGAUCUACGAGUAAAUCAACCGAUCGAUUAAUGAUUAUUUGGAAAACAAUGUGGGGCGGUCGGGAGUAAAUUAAUUUGUAAAAUAUUGUAAAUAAUACGAUUAAUAUUCGAUUACUCGUUGCACGGACAAAGUGUUCGCGAUAUUAUUAUACACUGUAAAAAUGAAAGAAAAACUCCGCAAGUGUUUUAUCAAAGAGACAAAACUUGACCGCGGAAAAAUAGAAUAGCCUGAGCUGAUUAUUUUCACUACAUAAAAUAUUCUGAACAGCUCUCACAUAAUUAUAUCUCGCCUUGGCUGUCGUAAAUAUCUGCAUACUCAACUCGUUCGAAAAUAGAUAAAUGUAAUUGAAAAUCUAUCGGAGGUCGCCUGUCACAGGUCCGGAAAUCCUACAGAUUUUGCAGCUAUCGCUGCGAUUAGCCACACAUCGUUCGUUGAGAUCUAUAUAGCUGCAAUCUCUAAUCUUCGGUUAGUAACGGUCGUUAAAAAAACCGUAAGCGAAUUAUUUCAAUUCAACAAUAAUAAAUUAGUUCCUUCUGUUUCGUGUCACCGGAUGCAAAUGCAUUUAUGAAUAUACAUACAGUGGUCCGAAUUUCUAUUGGCUUGACCUCGAAAAAUUUAUACCGACUUGAAGGUAUCGUUGAAAGGCGAACGAUGAACAAUAAAAUGCCGACAGUUCGUGAUCAAAAACUUUCACGAAUUUUUUCGCGAGACAGUUUUGAGUUCGAAAUGCGAUUAAUAGCACGCGAAAAAUGUAAUAAGACGAAAUUGUAAUAUACUUUCAUCUUUCUCUACUUAGGUGAGAAAAAUGCGUGGUCAAUUUUGUUUAAUCUUUCCUGUUCAGGAUUCUCUGGUCUCCUGGUUUCCCGUUCGCCGUGUUGCGAAUCCCGGGGGAAAUAUAACGAAGUCGCUGACUCAAGACUUUUCGGUCAGUUGGAAAGUUUAUUCGGCAAUUUUACGUAAAAAAUUCCAAUAAAACUCUUGCAUCGCUGGGGGACUUAUUUUUCUUGUUAGUCAAACUGAGGGCCCAGAAAAGCUCGACAGCUUCGCGUUGCGGUACAGCGACAUUUUUCACCCACCAAAAUUACACCCGCAGUCUACGAAAACGUUCUCCAUGUCUUCUCCCGAAUUUGCGUCGAUUGUUUUCGGUUACUCUACAAGGAGAUGGACAAUAGGAUUUUAAAUUUUAUUCUGCACAAAUGUUUCAUUGGAAAACGUGAUCCCAUUUAUAUCGAACAGCAAUCUGUAUAGUGUUACAAUUUUUACGAGCACUGCCGAGCUGACAAUCAAAUCGAUCACCUAUCAGUACCACGUUAAUUAUUUCAUGCCAAUCGAAGUUUAUUUCAUUUGAGCAAUGUAGAAGGAAAUUUUUUCUCAUCGUGAAUUGUAACCAUUUUUGAUCGAUCUUAUUCAACAUAUUUUGAGACAUCAAUGGUAGGAAAACAGUAAUCUUAUUUGUCUGAUUUUUAACGCAAUGCAAGAACAAUAACGUAACUGUUCAAAAAUUGAUUGAUUUAUUAUGUCUUAUAGUGAAUUGUAACCAGUGGAAAAAUUUGUUGCAACUAUAAUACUGGUUAUAAAUGUCUGCAUUCAGAUUUCAGGUUACUUGAAACAAUUGUUAGCUUAUGAAAAAAACUACAUGAAUUUCUUUAAAUUGUGUCUCUGACUCGUAUGGACAGGAGUUUGGCAACUUUAUACUUAUAUUGUAAAGAUCAUUCUAAGAUCUUGUAUUUCCUCUUCAAAUAUGCAAUCAAAUUAUAAUUUAUUUCAAACACUGCCUAAUUGCAUCUGUUACAAUUCAGUACAGAAUUUUCCAUUUAAGAUUGUGAACCUAUUCUAUCAAAUGUAAUAACGGAAAAUUGUAUCAAGAAUUCAGACAAACUUGAUCACAAUCGAAUGACGACAAUGAUAAUUUGUACGACAGUUUAAUUUUUUAUACCACUAUAAUAAUCGUGGAAUCUCUGUAAUCUUAAAGUUUUUAAGAAUCAUUUUCUGUAAUGAAUCAAAUUUAAAAUUCAAGUCAUAAUAUUAUCUGGGAAUAUAUAAAAUACAGUUGUUUCAAAUAGAGUGGAAAAUACUUGAUUCUAAAAAGAUUGAUCACAUGAUUAUCAAGAUCAAGAAAAGAUUAUCAAUUUAUUAUUAUUAGAUUAUCAAAUUUCCCAUUUCCAUGAAAAGUACGUAGUUUCCUCGAUAUGUCUUCUUGAGUUUAGUUAAUGUCUACGAAAAUAGUCGAUACGAUCGUAAGACAUGCAGAUUUAUUUCUUAUGUACAAAACUUUGACGUUCAAACUCGCGUUCAAUCACAGUCUAUAUAAUCACAGAGUGUGUAUGGGUACACGAUGCUAUACAGGCUUAUCAAAAAAACAGAUUGAAUUUUCAGUCACGUAAUUACUUUCAUGUUAAGGGAGGUAAAAUAGGGUGGCUGUCUGUGACAUAUCGUUAAAUCCUCAAUGAUUUUUGGUACCACAGUUAACGAGAGAAUUCAAAGGAUUUGGGGAAUUCCGCUUAUCCAAUAAUUGCACCGAUUCCAAGAAUUUGACAUUCAUUAUUGCCAGAGUAAUAAAAUUGAGUGAACCAAAGGGGUACAAAACCAGAAGUUAUUCGGUUGAAUGAUCUUCGGUGAUUUAUUCACAGAAUGAAAUACUUCUUUUGAUUGAAUAAUGCGAAGAGCUCGUGAAUACAUCGUCCAAUUUACUUUCCUAUCUAAUUGCAAAUGGGCACCGCGGCUUCACCCUGAUCGAUUGAAAGUCCUAAUUGAAUAAUUAUUUGAUUGAAUUUCGCGCGACAUUUGAAUAUUUACUUCUCCAUAAACGAUGGACGUACCCAGGUAUAACUCCUUGUUCUUAACUGGGGUAGAGAAUUGAAUGCAAUACCUCAGACAGCGGUGAAAGAAAAGAUGUCAAUUUUUCCUUACUCCUUUUCCACCCAUCGAUGGUUAUUUAAAUGAAAAACAGAUAAACGUGCAGCCGACUGUAGAAGUUGCGGAGUGAAAGGGAGUCGAAAUUUGGUGUGAGCUCAUUUCUCCGGUAAAACAAUAUGUGCAGAAACUCGGAGAUUCUAAAAUUCACACCCCGUGUACUGCGAACUACGUGUAUAAUAAUCGUAUAUAUAUAUAUAUAUAUAUAUAUAUACAUAUGGAAGAGAAAAUAAACUAAUAGUAAAAUUGAAAAAAUAAAUAAACAUAAAUAAGAAUAGGAAUCAAUCGAUGUUAGACUCGAAAAAAAAUAAAUAAAACUUGUACACAUAUUAUACUCGGAUAUAUUUGUACAUAUUUACCACCCAGAAGCACUGUAAUAUACACCAAGGAUAAUCGAACGUCUGUGUAAUCAUUUGUCAAGCAUAAUUAUACAUGUAUCUUAUUAAUACGAAAUAAA